AUGACUUCGAACAACCAUAUCUACAAAGUACCACCGCCGUGGCCUGGACACAGAGUUGACACCACAACCCAGCAGCAGCAGCAACCACAGCAUAAUAUGUACGGCCAGCAGCAGCAGCAGCACCAGCAGUACCUGGGGCAGGGCCAGGGCCAGAUGGGCGGGAUUCAGCCGGGAACGGCAACCGGGGUGCAGCAGAGCUAUGGUAGUGGAUACCCCCCGCAACAGACCCCCUACCACAACUCUCAGUACCAGCAGUACCCCCCGCAACAACCCUACACCCAGCAGCACUCGCCAUACCAGCAGCAGCACCACCAGCCCCCACCGCCGCCCCCCCCACCCCCACAAAGCUGGGGACAGCAGCCCCAGCAGCAAUGGCAGCCGCAGGGCCCCCCGGUCCCGCCGAGACCGUCGAGCGUGGUCUAUAAUCCCAUGAAUAACAACUACAACAGCAACCCCGGAUCGUCCUAUAGUCCCACUCCAUACGGGCAAUCGUCAACUCCGCAACAGGCUCCCCCGCCGCCGCCUCCGCCACCACCACCACCACCGCCGCCGCCGCCGCCACCGGUGGAUACGGCGUACGGGCAGCAGCAGUAUCAGGGUGAGAGCACGUAUCCGUCGUCGGCGACGGGGCAGGUUCAUCAGAGCCAAGGUCAUAGCUGGGGUUCUACGCCUCAGCAGCAGUAUUCGCAGCCGCAGAAUCAGGGCCAUCAUGGAUACUACGAUGGCGGGGUCACACCCGGUGGUUAUGGGCAGGGUGAUACGUCGAGCCCGGCGGGUGAUCAUUCAGGUUAUGUUGCACCGGCGAACACGUCGAGUAGUUACCAGGCGGGAAAUAUAAACCCUACGGCUGGCGCCUAUCCUGCUUCGACUACGAUUCCGGCAUGGGGUGCGACACAGGAACCGGAGCAGAAGAAGCCGUUCACUUAUACACCCCCGGUUCUCCAUCCAGAUUAUGCAGUCCCUACCACUGGCCAGUAUACAGAUACGCAGCAGCAGCAGCAGCAGCAGCCGCAGCAACAACACCAGUACGGGUACCAAGAUACGCAGCAGUACAAUUCCAACGAUCACCAGCAGCAGUACCAACAAGACCAUAACACGCAACGACCAGCGCAAGCCUCGACCCAAAACGACCAAGGAAACUACUGGCCCCAAAACCAAGGCGAAUACCAGCAACCCCAGCAACAGUCUCAGCAAUUUCAGAACACACAAUCGGGGUCUAGCUGGACCAGCGGAUCACAGUAUAACCAGCCGCUCUCAAACACCACACCACCGCCCGCUGCUGCCCCGGCACAGCCUGGCGCAUCUGCGUAUCUGGAGCAUCUAAACCAGCAGCAGCAACAACAGAAUCAAGCGGCACCCGUCGCGGGCUCGCCGGCGUCGGCGAAGAGGAAAGACACCUUCCACGGCAUCCAGCCGGAGCCGCUGUUUACGAAGCCCAAGCCGCCGGGGAAGACGAAGACAUUCGCGGGCGCGUCGGGCAGCUGGGAGCAUUACGGUGGUAACAGCAACACUGAAGAUGCAAACAUUGUGGUCAGCAGGCCGAUCUCGCCUGUCGAUGUGCACCACCCGAAGCCGGUGAAGCCGCACAGUCCGGUGGAGAUGGCGACGGGCGGCGGUAGAUGGAACCAUGCCGAGGGGGCGUAUAGUUCUACGCCGCCACCACCACCGCCGCCGGCGAAAUCGUAUACUAUGGGCUCUGACGCGAAGCAUCCGCAGGGUCCUGGAAACGCGUUUCAGCAUGCACAGCUGUUUGGUAGCAGGCCUGGGAGUAGGCCGGGCAGUGGCUUUCAGGGACAUGGUGGGUUCCAGAGGCCGUCGAGUGGGGCGGGGGGGAGGAAGGGUACUGGGACACCUAGUGCGCAUAAGGCGAGUGUUGUGCCGCCCCCGACACAGACGGCGGAGUAUGCGUAUAAGGACUCGAAGGCGGGCUGGUCGGAGUCUCCGGCGGGCGGGGCGCCGCUGCCGGCGUUUGAGAAGUUGAAAGAGUUGGAGCAGAAGCAGAGUUGGCCGCAACAGCAGUCGCAUGAUACUCAGGCGUGGUCGCAACAACAGCAGCAGCAGCAGCAGGUACAGCAUCAAGAUACCCAGAAAUGGACUCAAGAGCAGCAGCCGCCUCAAGAGCAGUAUCAGCACGCGCAGAAUGGAGGAAAUGGGCAGCACUGGCCUCAAGAUAAUCAGGCGCAACAAAAGCAGGGUGAUAAUCAACAAUGGGCGGCGGCACAAAACCACACUCCUGCUACUGCUACUACUACUACUGUCUCGCAGGGCCACAAGCCUCAGCAUUUGAAAAUUGAUGAUCCUAAACACCAGCCACAACUACCACUCCAGUCCCAGGAGCACUCCGAGGCCUCAGGUCCACCUCGAACGGUGGGAGGGGGGACACCAGCACUGUCGGAGGCUACGGUCCUCACCCCCGCGACUUCGGUGACAAUGACUCAGCCACCGCCUAGCCACGAACAGCAAGACUCCGACCCGGUUCGGAAUUUGGAUCCGUUCUAUCAGGACUCGGUUCAGCGCUACAUUGUCAUGAUCCGGGCAGAGGCGGCCGCAACGACGGACGAGGAGAAGCUGAAGGUCUUUACAGACUUCAUGGAACACGAGUACUAUGUCCGUGGUCAGCGGUAUCCUCUCGCCCUUGGCGAGCCGCCCAGUCGGCAGAGUAGCGUGUAUGGAAGGUUACCACAGUAUGGCGGACGAGAGGAGGAAAAGGACUCGAAGGAGAAACUUGGAUUGUUGCCAGAAGGCGCGCUUGGGCCGAAGGAGAGGUCGAGAAGCAAUUCCGCUGCUGUGCCGCCGGCGGAGGUUAUACUUCCUGUCCCGUCGGAGCAUAUCGAGGUGGCCGCACCACCACAUACCCAGUGGGCGCCGGAAAAGCCAAAGACACCUGUGUCAUACGUGGAAACAAAGCCGCCGUCCCCGAAACCGGCGCAUAAGCCGGUAAGCUUGGAGGAUCCGCCGCUAUCGCCGGAGCCGCUGGUUAUUCGGAAGCGGCCCGAGUCGGUGGUGGCGCAGAGUCUGAAUAAGGGACAUGCUGCGUUUAAUGAAGAGCCGGUUUCGCCGCCGUCGGCGCAGAAGGGUGAGUACAAGGCGUUGAAUCCUGCGUCGCCGACUUCGCCGACUAGGUUCUCGGCUGGGGCGGGCGAGAGCCAGUAUGCUCCUUUCAACGGCACUGAAACUGCGGCGCAGGAGUCGACGGGGGCUUAUAAGCCGUAUAAUCCGGUUACGCAGGGUGGCAGGAACGCGUCGCCGGCUCCGGGAGGAGGCGAGUUUGUCGCGUAUGAUCCGAAGAGGGCGUCGACUUUCAUGGCCGGGGGUCCGGGACAGCAGCAGUCGAAGCGCAAUUCUCUGGGUCCUGGGUAUCCUUUGUCGAGGUCUGAGACGAUGGUGGAUAGUCCUACUAGCCAAGGGGGCUCUCAUCCAUUCGGUCCGUUGAAGGGUGCGAAGACCUAUGUCGAUGGAUACCAGCCGUACUCUCAGGAUGCGUAUCCACCUAGCUCUGGUGGGAGCUCGACUAUCUUUUCGACUCCCGGCGGUGGAGACGAGGCGCUGGAUAAGAAGAAACAGAGCUAUUUCCCUACUGCGCCCGCACCAAAUCCUGCGUUGGAUACGCUUUCGGCGGUGUUACCGGCGAGCCGUGCGCCGAGGAGCAAGGAGACGAAGGUCAUGGAUGAUGUGAGGAAGACUAUCGAUAGCAUCGGUGAGGACUUUAGCUUCAUCGAGGACAUCAACCGCGCCUACGCCGAGUCUGCGAAGAAGCGGCGCAGAAAGCUCGAUGAGGAGCGGCGCGCGAGACAGGAGCAGCAUGAGCAGUACACGGACGAGCUGUUUGCGGAUCAGCAGAUUGGUUAUGGCGAUAUCAAGGAGAUGGAGGGCGAGUUUAAGGCGAAGGAGGCGAGGAAGGAGGCGAAGGAGGAGGAGGACGAGUAUGAGAUCUACUGCACGGAGGUCUUCUCGAAGGUGUAUGAUAAGAUCCAGGAGGGGAUCACGGGUCUUAUGGAGAAGUAUUAUGAGAUCCAGGCGAGGGUCCCGGUGACGGUCGCGGGUAAGGAUAGGUGGGUGGCGUCGGAGAGUGCGGAGCUGACGGAGCUGAUGGAGGGCUUGUUGGAGUUGAGUAAGUUUAUUGAGACGAGGCAUGGGAAGGUCCAGGUGGCGAUUCUGGAGAGGGAUAAGAAGUUUAAGAAGACGGUGAUUCAGCCGUUGUAUGUGAGUGGGAAUAUCGGUAAGAUGAAGAGUAUGGAGAAGCAUUUCGAGGAGAGUGAGAAGAAGGCUGUUCUGGAGGCGGCACAGGCAAAACACGAGCGCACACAACAGCUCAUGAACACCAUCGAGGAAAGCAUCGAGCGCGGCCUCGACGCAGAACUAAACUACACCGAAGAGAUCACCGCCGCCGUCACCGCACUCGUCAACACCCUCCCCUCCCCCGGCAGCGACGCCGCCCUUAUCAAGCGCGAGAUCGCCUGCGCAUACGACACGCUCAAGGACCUCAAGGAGACGUCAAUCAAGUUCAUGAAGGUCUUCCACGCCGCCUCCCUGCUUAUCAACGAGUCGUUGAAUCAAGUCAAUCUCGCAGAGGCGCAUCUUGCCGGCUCGCCGAAGGAGGUUGUUGAGGCUGCUGCGGGCGAGAAGGCGACGGCGGAUGCGGAGACGGAUAAGGAGUUGGCGGAGAGGAUUGCGGUGGUGGAGGGCGACUUUGAGAUUGUGGAUAGGGCGGUGAAGGAGGCGUAUGGGAAGCUGGAGGAGCAGGCGGAGAUGGAGGGGGCGAGUGGGGGUGCGAGUGGGAGUGUGAGUGUGGGGGGUGGUGUGGCGAUUGGAAGGAUUGCGACGCCGGCGGGGAGGGUGGGGUCGCCGGCGGUUGCGGGGGGGAGAGUUGGGUCGCCGGCGGUUGCGGGGGGGAGAGUUGGGUCGCCGGCUGUUGCGGGGGGGAGAGUUGGGUCGCCGGCUGUUGCGGGGGGGAGAGUUGGGUCGCCGGUGGUGGGGCAAGGGCAGGGGCAGGGGCAGGGGAAGGUGGGGAUGACGCCGUUAGAGAGGGCGAAGAUGAGGAAUACGGGCGCGGGGGGUAGUUCGCCGUAUGGGAGUACGCCGUAUGGAUAUUAA